AUGACGCAUGAGGACUUCCUCGUCAACCUGCCUGCGCCAAGCGUGGGGACCGCGAGCGGCACAGGAGGGCCUGUCAACCUGUCUCGCUUUCACUGGUUCUACUUGCACCCAGCGCUGCCGAUCAGGUCGCGCAUCAAACCGCUCGUGCUCGACAUCUUCUGCCGGGCAGCUCGAGAGCAUGCGUGGCAGGGCUUGGAGGAGUUCUGGCCGAAGCGGCAGCACCUCGGAUUCUUCGGCUGCGGCUCUCGGUCGGCCCAGGCGGGAUCCGGCCUUCCGGACAACAGCUGGGUCGAAGUGUUGCGCAUUCGCGUGUGGCAACCAGACGAACUUCUCGCCACAUGGUUCUGGACAUGCACCCUCCGACACAACUAUGUGAUUGGCGAGGGGUCGCCAAAGGCGGAGCAGCUGCGUCGCGUGCAGGAGCGCUGGCUCGAGCGCCCACGGCGCUUAGCACGUGUGCUUGUGCUGGGUAACUCGCACACGAAUCAGCUGAUUCAGUCGAUGCUCUGCCGCUUCCACGCGGAGAGAAUCCAGUUCCACAACGGCGCACAGCUGACCCUGCUAUACAAUAGCCCUCUCUUCUAUAUAGACAAUGACAACAUCCCCGGCACAAUUCGGCGCCUGCUUGGCGUUCACACGCUGGCAGAAUUUUCCGUGAUCGUCUUCCAUCACCUCAACGGGGACUGGUGGGCCCAGAAGUGGGCGGGCUACGAUCAUCAGUGUGGUUCCACAAUCGCACGACGCUUUGGCGGUCCACCAAGUGCGCUGACAUUCGCCGCACAGCUUCAGGCUUCAAGCUUUCGAGGCACUCUGCUCGUCGACACGGCAGGCUUGUCGGAUCAAUAUCACGUCGCCAGUGCCGAUAUACUGUGCGCAGCGGGCGAGCACUUUUCUCGGCUUGCACACAUCAAGACGCAAUGCUGGGACUUUUUGCGCCGAUACAUGGUCGACCACCGCACGAAGUGGGCGUGCGCGCUCGAUGAUGUUUAUCACCAGUGCAUCCCCGGGCCGAUCGACGCAGUCACCGACAUCUGGCUAGCCAUUCUAUGGCGGGUCAAAACGGAAGCCCAAGCGUGGCGACCGCGGGCGCUGAUGCUGCGCCUCGACGCCGUCUACGCUUCGCGCUCUGCGGCGGCGCCCGACGGCUUCGAGGAGUGCAUCAACUUUUGGUACCGCGAGUGCGGCUUGCCGGCCGAGCUUCGGAGCCAGCUGCACUCGCUGCGCAUCUGGGCGAACGCGGCGCGGCACCACGACGCGGCGAGGUGGAGGAGGGACUGA